AAGAAACGGAGGCUACUGUUAAUGAUUACCGCAUUGUCAGGCGGGAUGAUUUAAAAUGUUCUAAGAUUGGUUGCAGUGGUGGUGGGACGAUCCCGUGAAUAAACAGACAUCGCUGAACUCCACACUUUAAAAGGGUGCAUUUUAUAGCCUGGGAAUUAUAGUGCGCAAAGCUGCCAUUUUAAAAAGGAAAGGAAAUGCCAUGGGAAAAGAUCCAUCCCUGUAUCUCCCUUCCUCUCUACCUUCAUCUGUCAGCCCCAUCCAGCGGCCAGACCCACCAGAAGCUGGAGGGAAAGGAGUUUAGAAAGCAUGGUUUUCGGUGACACCAAGCAGGACAAAGCUAUAGCCAGUGCUUAGAAUUUUUUUGGUUUCCAUGGCAACCAUUUUCCUAGCUGUUGGACUUUCUUGUACCAGAAAGCAAAGUCCCCUGCCUCCGAUACCAUCCUCCACUGGAGCGGCUCCCGCUGCUGAGCAAAGAGAGAAAGUCAGAGGCAGCCGGACACGGCGGCACACACCUGUCAUCCCAGCACAGGCAAGGCUGAGGCGGGAGGAUUGUCACAAGUCUGAGGCCAGCCAGAACUAUGUAGCGAGACCCUGGCUCAAAACACACGCACAAAAAAUCACAAAUCACCCCACCAAUGAAAGAUCCCUGUGGGCAACCAGUAUGGAUAAGGCCCGUACCCACUGGCGCCCAUCAGUGGGAAGGGCCGCUGUGCCCCUCCCCGGGCUCCAGGACCUGUAAAUACAGACUCUUCAACUUUCACUUUGGGGCUGUGCUAUGGAUGCCCUGGGGCGGGCGUCCUGGGGGACCACUCCUGGGUGACCGGUGGCCCUGGUCCGGCGCUGUCUUCGUCUGGCCUCCGGUGGCUGCUGGGACAGUGGCUAUAAGCUCAGCUGACCGUGAAACUCAGAGCGAUGGGACACAGUUCUGGGCAGCCCCUCACCUAGAUUCUGGGGGUUUUCGAAUGUAAAUGAACGGGUGAUUCACAAUCCUAUGACCAGCGGGUGGGGCUGUCACUCUGUCACUUUCUCAUAGCCCUGUGCCUUCCGCGCGAGGUGCAGGCUCGGAGGGGUGGAGCAGGGUGGGAGGGGUAGGCGAGGGUGGCUAACGGCGCAUCUUAAAAGGGGCUCAGGGCCACUUCCUCCCCAGACAGGGGAGCCGGGGAUGCGGGCACAGCCUUCCUGUGUGGUGACAGCAGUCAACAGUGUCAUGGGCCCCGGGAAACCAAUGAAAAGCCUGCUGGUGGUGGCUCUGCUCGUCGCUUUCCAGGUGUGCCUGUGCCAGGAUGAGGUCACGGAGGACUACAUCGACGAGAACACCACGGUGGACUACACUUUGUUCGAGACCGUGUGCUUCAAGAAGGACGUGCGGAGCUUCAAGGCCUGGUUCCUGCCGGUCAUGUACUCGGCCAUCUGCUUCGUGGGCCUGCUGGGCAACGGGCUGGUGGUGCUGACCUACGUCUACUUCAAGCGGCUCAAGACCAUGACCGACAUGUACCUGCUGAACCUGGCCAUGGCGGACAUCUUCUUCCUGCUGACCCUGCCCUUCUGGGCCUACAGCGCGGCUGCGUCCUGGGUCUUCGGGGUCUCUCUGUGCAAGAUCAUCUUCAGCAUCUACAAGACGAGCUUCUUCAGCGGCAUGCUGCUGCUGCUCUGCAUCAGCCUCGACCGCUACGUGGCCAUCGUGCAGGCCGUGUCCGCCCACCGCCACCGCGCCCGCGUCUUCCUCAUCAGCAAGCUGUCCUGCGUGGGCAUCUGGGUGGCGGCCACGCUGCUGUCCAUCCCGGAGAUGAUGUACAGCGGCCUGCAGAGGAGCAGCACGGAGCAGGUACAGCGCUGCUCGCUGCUUUUCGACCAGGUGGAGUCCCAGAUCAUCAUCCAGGUGGCGCAGAUGGUGUUCGGCUUCCUGCUGCCCCUGCUGGCCAUGAGCUUCUGCUACCUCGUCAUCGUCAGCACCCUACUCCAGGCGCGCAACUUUCAGCGCAACAAGGCCAUCAAGGUGAUCAUCGCCGUGGUCGUGGUCUUCGUGGUCUUCCAGAUGCCCUACAACAGCGUGGUCCUGGCGCAGACGGUGGCCAACUUCAACAUCACCGGCACCAGCUGCAAGCUCAGCAAGCAGCUGGACAUCGCCUACGACGUCACCUACAGCCUGGCCUCCGUGCGCUGCUGCGUCAACCCCUUCCUGUACGCCUUCAUUGGCGUCAAGUUCCGCAACGACCUCUUCAAACUCUUCAAGGACGUGGGCUGCCUCAGCCAGGAGCGGCUGCGACAGUGGUCUUCCUGCCGGCACGCGCGCCGGGCCUCCAUGAGCACAGAAGCCGAGACCACCACCACCUUCUCUCCCUAGGGCCCCUCCGGCCGGACGGGAAGCCCUCUCUCCCAGGAGCAAAAGCAAGGACUUGGGACACCCCCAAAAGCUGCCGCGGGAGAGCAGUUCUGUUACCCCGAGACUGAGCGAAACCCUAGCUACCUCAACCCGGGCCGGAAAGAGAAGCCGGCCCCACAGCAAGGCCCCGUCCACGGACGGGGGGACGGGGCUGGGGAGCGGUAGGGCCGGCUGGAGCAAGGGACCUCUGGCCUCUGACCCCCUCCUGCUGUGGAGAAGAGGUCCCCCCAGGCAGAGUCCAGGGCGGGAAACCAGGCUUCGCCCCAAAGCCAAGACGGUCGAGGUGGAGGAAAGGGCCACGGGCCAACGCUGCAUCCCUUCCUCCGCUGCUCUUUCCACGGCUGUCCGCGCCAGCAGGCGCCCUCCGAACGCUCCUGUCCGCACAGCCGCCCCUCCUGGCUCUGCUUCCUGUGGGCCAGGCCAGCUGCUCGCCUAACCCAAGGCCCACGUUCCCAGGCAGGGAUCCAGAGCGGGGUGGCGUGCCGUCGGUCUCGGCCGUGCCAGAGGAGUGCAGAGGAGGGCAGGGAGGACAUUUGGGGGAUGGGGGGCGCGUGCUGGCUGCCAAAGGCCAGUGAGCUCUGUGCUCUCCGUGAUGGAACAGAAAAGCACCCCUCCGUUUCUGCUUCCAGUUCAUGGAGAGAGUACACCUUAUUCAUACACAAAUAAAG